CACCAAAAAACACUGCGUUCAAAUAUUUUUCGUAAAAAAUAGUAAAAAAUGAAGUUUUGGCGGUGCGGGUUGGCGUUGGCCCCUAUGCUCCUCGUCUGUGGGGCAUCGACGGCUGUGGAUGACUUGAGAAAUGGUACGACCAGUGACUUUCCACCGAUAAAUUACACGCACGUCGGCGAAAAUGCAAAUUCGGUGGAGUACAAAGUUCAGACCGAAGCCAAUCACGCGAGUUCCAUGAAAGCACUUUAUGCCCUCACCAAUGGAUUCAUUGAUCUGAUUCAAGGCAAAGAGGCACUUCCCGAGGGUUUCAUCGACAUAAAUGAGAAUAACAUCAUCGAAGUCAAGUGGAACACCGGCAAACUUUUGAAGCACUACGGCUUCUUGACCGCAUUGUCGAUAGUUUUACUG